GAGAGCGACUUCCUGUGUUGUCAGGGGGGAGCUGCUUGCAGUGCCUAAUCGCCGUUAUGUCUGGUCGUGGCAAGCAAGGAGGCAAGGCCCGCGCCAAGGCCAAGUCGCGCUCGUCUCGCGCUGGUCUUCAGUUUCCUGUGGGGCGAGUGCACCGUCUGCUGCGCAAGGGCAAUUAUGCCGAGCGGGUGGGGGCUGGCGCGCCCGUUUACAUGGCGGCCGUGCUGGAGUACUUGACUGCUGAGAUCCUCGAGUUGGCGGGUAACGCCGCCCGGGACAACAAGAAGACGCGCAUCAUCCCUCGUCACUUGCAGCUGGCCAUCCGCAACGACGAGGAGCUGAACAAGUUGCUGGGCAAAGUCACCAUCGCCCAGGGCGGCGUCUUGCCCAACAUCCAGGCCGUGCUGCUCCCCAAGAAGACGGAGAGCCACCACAAGGCGAAGGGCAAGUGAGGCUGCCGCCUGGAAGCUACUCCCCAGCCCCUGUCUCG